AUGUGGCGCCAAGCCGCGCCUUGGGAGCACUUGGAGGCAGCUGAAAUGGUGGCAUUAAGAGUUCUUCGAAAUCAUCGCUAUUUAACGCAAAUCGGUGGCGGCAAGAUGAAGACGCCCCUCCCAAUCUUAGGACACACUAUUCUGAUACAGGAGAAGCUGGGUUCGGCUCUGGCAGCAACGGAGAUGACGCUCACUCAGGGACGCUCUGUUAGCCGAGGCGGUGAGGAGCAGGAUUUCGACCACGGUAAAAUCAGUGCAUUGAAUAAGCUGCUUUCUCUUCAUGUGCGAGUAGUGGAUUUGGUGACUGGAGUAUUCUCAUGGGCAUCCUCCCAACCUACCAUCAAUAAGGAGGAACAGUCUGACGCCUACAAGCAACUUCUGCAGGAAUCUGCGACGCUAAGGGCCCGCAGGAAGACUGCAGCCCGCGGGCAGACCUACAACUUCGGGCCACUUGAUCAGUUAUUGGACGCCGUCUCUGCCUAUCUUUCCGAUGACAACAACGACGGCUUGGAGUCCUCGGCUGACUUGGGCCCGCUUGCCGCCAACGGCCGACCUCCAGCCUACGACACAAUCUGGAAGCCGCAAGUAUUCGACGAAAUGGCAAUUACCGCUGACAGAAGGAGGGAUGGAGACCGAGAGUGCUCUAGCCUUAUUCGAGGAGGCGGCAAAGCCCAAGAAGAGCCCAGAUAA